AUGCCAAUAAUACAAGUAUGUAUACUGAUUGAACAGAAAGAGAGAAAGAAAGAAAGAAAGAAAGAAAGAUUUAUAUGGCAAAAAAUGGUCAUGUGAUCAUUUUUUAAAUUAAGUCGUGAUGCAUAUUAAUCUCGGUAACAAUUAAACAAAAAAAAUAAAAAAUAAAAAAGUAAAAAAAUAAAAAAAUAAAAAAAUAAAACAAUAAAAAAAUUGUAUUACAUAAUAUUCUUUCCUAAAACAAUCAAAUAAAGUUUUCAUUUUAAUUUGAAUAUAAUUUGAUUGAAAUAUCAAUUUUUUAUAUAAAUCUUUCUUUCUUUUUGGAAAACUUUUUGGAAAAGUUGUUUUGUUUUACAUUUACUAACAUAUAUUCACUUUAGAAUUUUAAAAAAUUAUUUAAUCAACCAAGUGUACCAAUACCAAAUACAACGACGUCAACUUCAUAUACAACAGUUGAAUCAAAAGUUAAUAAGCCUAACAAUACUGACGAAUUAAAUAAUUUAUCGAAAAUUAUACAACAAAGUCAAAUAUCAAAUAGUAAUCCUGAAUUAUCAUUAAAUAAUUCAAAUGAAUCGACUACUACAUCAUCAAAUACAACCUCUACUAUGAAUCUAGCAUCUACAACAACAACAACAACAACAACAACUACAAAUUCAACAAAUGCAACUAGAACUUCAUUUUCAAUUGAAACUACAUCUUUAAAUGAUUUAUAUCCUGAUUUACCAUCUCAUUAUCAAUUACAAUGUCUAUUAGGCGAGGGGGCGUUUUCAACAGUUUAUAAAGCUAUUGAUAUCAAGAAUAAUAAUUUACCAAUAGCUAUUAAAAUUAUUGAUAAAUCAAAUCUAAAUUCAAAACAAUAUCAAAAUAUUAUCAAUGAAAUAAAUAUAAUGAAGAAAAUUAGACAUAAAAAUUUAUUAAAAUUGAUAAGUUCAAUACAGACCACUAAUCAUACUUUUUUAAUUCUUGAGUAUUGUAAUGGUGGAGAAAUUUUUAAUAAAAUUAUAGAGUAUACUUAUUUUAGUGAAGAUUUAUCGCGUCACAUUUUUUCACAAUUAUUAUCUGCAAUUUCAUCACUUCAUGCUUCAAAUAUAGUACAUCGUGAUAUUAAACCUGAAAAUUUAUUAUUUAAGAAAAUACCAUAUAUGAAGAGAUCAAAACAAGAAUUCAAAGCUUCAUUACGUAAAUCUGAUGAUGCUACAAAAUUAGAUGAAGGUGAAUUUAAACUUGGUGCUGGUGGAGGUACAAUAGGUAUUAUUAAAUUGGCAGAUUUUGGACUUGCUAAACAAUUGAAGGGUCAAUUUUCUACUCCUUUGAAAACUCCAUGUGGUACUGCUGGUUAUACUGCACCUGAAGUUAUAACAUGUAAUACAAGUUAUAAAAAAUCACAAAAUUAUUAUGAUAAAUCAGUUGAUGUUUGGUCUCUUGGAUGUUUUUUAUAUACUAUGUUAUGUGGUUUCCCACCAUUUUAUGAUGAAGAUUCAGAUGUAUUAACAAUGAAGAUUUUAAAUGGUGAUUUUGUAUUUUUAAAACCUUGGUGGGAUGAAAUAAGUGAUGAUGUUAAAGACUUGAUAACUAAAAUGUUGGAAGUUAAUCCAGAAAAACGUAUAACAAUUGAUGAAAUUUAUCAACAUAAAUGGAUUAAGAAAGGUAAUCAAAAAGAAGAAGUUGAAGAAGAAUCAGAUUAUUUUGCAACUGAAAAUAUUCAAGAAUCAUCAGAUUCAAUAUUACAAAUUCCAAGUUUCCAUAAUCAACCAUUGAAUUCACCAAGAGCAAAUCAAAUUAAAAAAGUUUUUGAUAAUCAAGCAAUGUACGCAAAUCCAAAAUUACCUAAAUUUACAGAACCAUCGUCUCAAUUUAUAGAAGAUAUAGAAGAAGAAGCAGAAGAAGAAUCUCCACAUUAUGUUAAAACUCCAUUUCCACAAAUAAAUUUCAAAGAUGUAUUUAAAGUUAAACAACCAGAUGAUGAUGAUGAAGAAGAAGACGAAGGUGAAUUUGAUGAUGAAUUUGAUGAAGAAAUUUCCGAAUUAGAUGAUGAAGUACAUUCAUUACAAUUAACACCAAAAUUAUCAACAAGAAGGACAAGUUUAAAUUCAAAUAUUUUUACUUCUAAUUUUGCAAAGAAUUUGAAUUUUAAAGAUGAAGAUAAUGAAUUUAAUUCAAAUGAGUCCUCUUUAAAUAAUUCAGAUAAUGAUACGAAUAAUGAAAUUGCAGAAUAUCAAACUAGAAGUUCAAGUAUAAUAUCUGGUAUUAAUGGUGAUUAUAAAUUUACAAUGAAUUUAAAUGAUUCAAAUUUAUUAGCUAGAAGAAAAUCAUCAACUAAAGGUAGAAAUUCAACAAGUGCAACAACAACUACAGCUAUAAAGAAUUAA